AUGUUUGGCAUCUGCUGCAUCUGUGAAGAUGCCAAAAGCACAAAGGCGACGCCAGCAAAAGGUCGUCGGAGCUCACAGAAGAUUCCCAACGCUGACGUGAAAGCUGGAGGAGGCGGAGGCGGUGAUGCAUCCACACUAGCUGCGCCAGCAGAACCCGCUUCUUCCAGUUCCGUGCAGAUAGAGGUGGUGGAGAAGGACGCGACGGCUUCGUACUCGGGAUAUGCUGCGCAAGCAGAUGUUCUGGGCGAGCAGCAGGCUGAUGGCGUCGUGACGGUGGAUGUGGACGAUGCUACCGAGGAUGCGCCAAAUCAGAAGCGGACUCGGCGGAGAAGCCACUUCGUUCCAGGUGGUGGUCCUGCGCCCGAGGACGUCUCCCCGGCCGCAGUGACGUCUGGCAUGGGGGAGCUUCAAUAUCUUGUGCAAGAUCCAUCAAAGGUCUUCCAAGGUGUGCCCGUUGAGGCAUGCAUGCUUGGACUGACAAAGGCUGGCGGAUUGGAUGCAGUUGUUGAAGGUGAGUUCAAGGAGAAGUCCGUAGAGCAAGCCGGAUGUGCCAGUGAGGUUGCAGCAAGGUCUCGAUUCUUGAAGGCGGGUGUGGCUGUGAGCUGCGCGAAGGGUCGCAAGCCAGGGACUCCGAACCAGGACAAUUUCUUCGUUGCAGAAUGUGGGCACUUCCUUCUCUGCUGCGUUGCAGACGGACAUGGCAUCGGUGGUCACUGGGCAUCUCACUGGACUUGCAAGUUUGUGCUGAGGAUGCUCCUGGAACACAUGUCGACGACAAAGGAACUGCCGGCAGAGACAGUCAUGACGAGGAUCUUCGACAUCGUGCACCAGGAAUUGGUGUGUGCAGCUACGACGAAGGACUUCGAGCUGUCGCUGAGUGGGACCACGUUGUCCGUGGCUGUCGUCGACCGACAAAAGAAGCAGCUUCUGUUGGCCUGGGCUGGAGAUUCGAGAUGUGUGCUGGGCCGGCCUGCAUCUCGUUCGAAAGCAAAACCUUCGUGUGUGGGAGCUUCAGAAGACCACAAGCCCAACGAUCCUAAGGAGAAAGCACGUGUUGUCGAGAGUGGUGGCGAAGUGUUGCUGCUUCCUGGUGAUGUGCCACAUCGAAUAUUUGCCAAGAAUAAGGAGGUUCCAGGCUUGGCAAUGUCCCGCUCAAUCGGGGACUUGUCUGGGCAUUCUGUGGGAGUGAUCCACCAGCCAAGUGUCAAGCUGCUUGAGUUCCAAAAAGAAGAUCUGCUGCUUUGCUGCUCCGACGGUGUUUGGGAGUUCCUGAGCGAUGCGGACGCUAUAGGCACCGUGCUGCAGGUUGGGCGCAAAAAUCUUGCCGAUGCUGCAGUGAAGCUGGUGUCCGAUUCGCGAGCGCAGUGGCUUGCGGAAUCCGAUGACUGCUGUGACGAUAUCACUGUCAUUGCCGUGUGGCUGUGA